UAAUAAUAAUAAUUUAUUUAUUAAACACAUACUUUCAAUGCUACUAAAAUCAUUUAAUUAAGUAGUAUUUGUUAUAAUAAACAUGAUAUCAUGUUAAUAUUGUUUGAUUUAACAAUAUAUAUGAACAAAAUUGUAACUAUACUCUUUUGUAUGUUUCUAAUUGUUCUAGAAGAAUCUAAUCAAAAUUUAGUGGAUAUAAAUGAUUAUGUAAACAUUUCAUUAUAUCAAUUUCAUUAUAAUUUGAAUAAAGGAAAAAAUUCUAAUUCUAGAAUUAAACGUCAAAUUGAUCCAUCUAUACCAAUUGUAACAUCAAAUAAUUUAAUCUAUUCAGCUGAAUUAAGAAUUAUUGCUAGUGCUGUAUGUAAAUCACAUUGUUUACAAAGAUGUACAGAAAAAUUAAUGAAGGAUUCUAUUAAAGAUAAUAUGAUCGAAGAGAUUGUGAAUAAUUUGAUAAAAUCACCAGUUCAACUUCGUGAUAAAUGUAGUCAACUAUCUCCUGGAUUUUUGUAUUAUGAUGAAUGUGAACAGGCUUGCGAUUCAGACCGCUUUUAUAGUGACUGCAUAAAAAUGUGCGAGUCUGGUGAUUCACCUAGUGGAUGGUCAUGUCUUACUGGUUGCCGAUCCUUAGAUGCAGCACUGAAGAGACGCUCUGGUGAUUGUCCCGAGCAGAUUGGCCUUGCAAUUCAUCGCAUACCAAAUUUAGUAUCUGCUAAAAACGAUGUUCAAAUUUAUCCAUCACACGAGUCUCCCGAUUCUUCACAGCCUAAUUUGGACAAACCUAUCUCUUUAACUGGCAAUGAAAACGGUUUAAAAACCAAUAUGCUGGAGAAUUCUUGGUUUACACAUCAUAGUGCAAUUAAUGAAAUAACCAGCUGCACAGUUGAUGCUGAAUGUCCACAAAAGCAAGAUAAGUGUUGCCAAUCACAAUGCAAACAAGCCUUAUUUAAUAAAGCCAUCUUGCCCCCGGUUCCAACAGUACGUAUUUUGGAAGAAAAACAUCCACCAUCGUUUCUUGUUUCUUGGAAUAAUAACGAAAUAGGAGUCAGUAACCUUAGCUUACCAACUGUGUACGUUCUACAAGUUAAAUCCUAUUUUGGCCCGGAAUUUGAUAACCGCAUGUCGAGUCCCUGGAAAACAUUAGUUGUGUCUACAUUAAAAGGUGCCCAACUAAGUGAUCCUGCUGUUGGUUGGUGGUACCAGUUUCAAGUGGCAGCAGUAAAUCAGUGGGGUUCUCUUGGUUUUGACACUCCAUCUCCACCUGUACAAUUGACAACUCUUCAACCUAGCCCUCCAUCACCUCCAAGAGACUUGGCCGACGAAUUGUUAACAUUACAAGCUAACGGAAAAAUUAGAGUUCAGAUUCAUUGGAACAGUCCAGCAACUACGGUAUUACCAGUCACUGAGUACAGGGUUUCUUGGGGUCCUGAUUCUGCAAAUAUAGGUAACAAUCAUGAAUUCACUGAGUAUCCUACUCAAUUUGUACAUACUGUUCCAUCCUCUCAGACAAAUUAUCAGCUGACAAAUCUUCAUCCUGGAGUACUGUAUAGAAUUCAGGUGAUUGCAAUGAGUGAAUGGGGUUCAACACAACUUAGAUCACAGCCAAAUACUUUAUUCAUUCAUACUCCAAAUGUAGAUUCAAUUCAAGAUCAAAGAGAUGAUACUCUAACUGCCAACUUUAAAACAUUUGAUGUAAACACUGUACAAUAUCUAAAAAACAAGAAGUAUUUGAAUCAUUAUGAUGAGUCAUACUCUGAAGAUCACCUUAACCACAACUCAGGUAAACCGGAUGUCUCUUUUGUUUGUAAUGGAACAAGCAAAAGUUUAGUAUUUAAAAGUUCAUUAACAUCUGAUUCAUCAGUUAAUCAUAUAAAUCUUAAAACUACAGAGCUAUCAAUGGAAACUGAUGUAGCUGUCUUUGAUGGACAUGGUUUAAUAACUGAACUCAAAAUAUAUGAAUAUGAAUUAAAACAAACAUCUAAAACGGAGUUAAAUCAACAAACAAUGAAUUCACGUCCGUUAAUUGUUCGUUGGAUACCACAAGUUUGUAUUGAAACUGUCAUUGUGACUGGUAAUAAUAUAGAUGAAACGAAUUCAUUUCAAUCAGAAGCUUUAAUAGCCAAUAGUAUUGAUCAAUUUACUAAACCUUCAUAUUCUCAAAUUGAAAAUGCAGGAUGGAAUAAAGAAUCACUGAAUUCAAAUGAAAAAUAUAUUUUAUUAAAUCCAAUAAAACAUGGAAUUAACCAUCAUAUUGAUGGUAAAAAAUUCAAAAAGCCCAUUUUAAGACAUGCAACAUUACAGUUAACGAAUCUUAACUUUAAUUGUCGUUAUCUAAUUGAAUUGUUGUCUGAUAAACAAGAAUCAUCUAAACGACCGGAUAAAAAAAUUCAUCCUGUCUAUACAUCUGGGUAUAAUGUUGAACUUUCUGCAUGGUUAUGCACACCAGCAUGUUCUACAGUUAAAUUAGCUUCAUGGAUUAAAAAGCCAAAGUGUCUAGGUACUACACAAGUUUUAGAUAUUAUAACGGAACCAAAAAAUGUAUCAUAUAAGCAAAUAUCUGUAACGCCAACGAUCAGUUAUAAUAUAUCUUGGAAGUCAGGUUCGCUUAUAUCAAGAUCUGGAAGUUAUCAACACUCAACUUCUCAAGAAAUCUACAAUGGGAAGACAAGUAAAGUUAUUUUCCCAGUACACCACAGGUGAGAUUUUCGAGAGGUUUUUUGGCUAAAACGCUUAGGUUUUGUUUAUUUACAUAACACAUAGAUUAUUCUUAAUCUAAAGUAAAUUUCAAUAUACACAUAGAAUUCAUUUCGUGUUGUUUGUUUGAAUCUUCCCUUUGAUCUUUAGAACUGCAAUUGAUCAGUUUCUUAUAUGCACACUGUUCGGAUUGCAUUGAUAUCGCUUUAAGUCACGAGCGUUAUAAGCAGAAAUGAAUGAUGGCUAGCAGUGGAAUACAGGAAUCGCGUUACGUCUUAUUAGGGACUCGUCAGCUGGAUAUACGUGCAUCCCACAGUUGAUGUCCACUUCAUGACUCAAACCCAGUGUCGUUCGCUUCAGACGACAUCGUGUUGUUCACUCAGCUACUGAGUCCUGAUAACCACUAGCUUGUGUAGUGGGAUGAUGUUUUAAUUCAUUUUCAAUUGUUUGUUUGAAUCUUCCGCGGAGGAUGCAUAUAUGCCAAUAAAAGACUGAUCAAUUGUACUCUUAGAAUGUUUAAAUGAAACCAAGAACUUUUACAUAAUUUAGAAUCACUUUUGAUUUCAUUUCGAUGAUCAAUAUAUACUAAACGAUUGUAAAUAAAUGUUUCUAUUCAGAAAGUUUUUACUAUCGUUCUUUUUAUUAGUAAUACAGUGGUACGUCAUAUAUCUUUGGCUAUUAUUUUACACCAUGGAAAAGAUUACGCUAUAAUUCUAUGCUUUAUAUCAAUAUUUAAAAUACUUUAUUGAACGGGUUUCGUUGCGAACACUUCUGUUUUUCACAUAUCUAUUUUAUUUGAUUCAUUUCUCUCAUAAUUUAUAUAGGUAAUUAGUGAUUAUCAUUAAACAUUCUAAUCAUUGGGAAAUCUUUGCUAAAAGCGCUAAUCAACUGUUUUGUCCAACUUUGGUUCUUGUCAUAUAUGUGCACGUGUGGUUGCACUCGAGAUUGAAAUUGGAGCGUUUAUUAUUGAGUUACUAAGUUGGAAUCCUAUCAGUAUGUUACAUAAUGAUGAUUACCAAAACUUAUCACUCACAUAAAGCAACACACGUGUCAACAUGUGUUCGUCAAUUUUUUAAGCGGUUUGUCAAAACUGGAUUAGUAAAUAUACAACUACUUUGGCUCAAUAAUGUAAUAUAUUCUCCAGUUGAAACGUGUGGGGACUUGGUUAUGUAGUAAUGUGCGAUAGAUCACUGAGGGAAUAGCAUCUUGUAUACGACAGUUCUGUAUCUGAAGAUAAUCUUUGAUACAAAUUUUGUAAAUGAAGCUGAUUCUCACAAACCACCUUGAUAUGAACACUUUUUUAUUAUCUUAUCAAAUUAUAGUUACAUGGAAGCGAUGUAACGCUUACAAGCCAUAAGCGUAAUAUUAACACACUAAUCCAGUUGUUUGACUUACUACAAUAAAGACAGACUGUCUGACAUAUUACUUUUUAUUGUAAAAGCUCAAACUGAAAAUAGACAUAGAUUCACGGUAACAUUUUUGACAUUUUGCUCAAUUAUCAAAUAGACAUUAUUACAUAUUCAUUAUUUUAGGUUUGAAAUGAAUUGAUAAUGUGUUAGAUAAAUGACUAGCAAUGACAGACAUUUGAUUAAAUGAUAUAUAAGCGUGGAAUUGUCCGUUUCAAGUGUGACAACAAUUUGCUCAUUGUCAGCUUUAACUAAUGAGUUACAUAUCAGAUUGUUUUCUGAUUUGUUUCUAAUUGAUCUAUCUUCGUUUUUCAGAAUUAUAUGGGGACCAAGCCGGGAUACUGCAAUGAAAUCAGUUGUAUGGAAGUCAUGGCCAAAUCUUCGACCUCGAAUUGAUCAUACAAGAGCUGAGACGAAAGUAUUACGUAAUGUAAGAUUUUAUUCUUUGUAACAUGUUAGAAUGAUAAAGAUGUUUAUUUAUAACAUUUCAUUCAUUAUAACUGGUUACUAUAUUACUAGGUAUCAUAUUUAACAUGUUAAAAUGAACAAAAUCUAAACGCUUUUUUCAAGGAAAUCCUACCAAUCCAAUUAUUUGAACAGUUUACAAUGAUAUUGUUAUGGAAAUGUACAUUUCAUUUCAUUUUAUAAUUUACAAUGUUCUUACUCUAUUCAAAAUUAUCAAGGGAGUCAAAUGUAUGAAGUACAAUUGAAUUAUUUAUGAAAGGGAAGUCAACUAGUGUGUCUUUUAUUUUGGAAAAAAUUCUUUUCUAGAUCUAAUGUAGUUGGGAUGUGACAUGUAGGUGUGAAAUUUCACUGAAUCUAAUGCAUAAAUAGGAGAAUUCUCAAAACUUAAUAAAUAAUUCAUAACAUAUAGUUGUUUAUAUUGUUGUUAUUGAAUAGUUCCAAUUUGAUUAUUUCUUCUGAACAGAGUGAAACAUCUAUAGUUUUAGACAACCUUCUUCCGAAUACAUUAUACGUGGUUAGUUUACAAGCUAUGACUGGAGAGCAUUAUAUGCCAAUUAAUGAUGAAAUAUAUAUAAAGUCUAAAACUAAUAAUAAUGUGGAUAAUAUACAGAAAAUAGAUAUGAAAUCAAAUCUCCUCUCUUUUCAAUCAAUGAAUUCAAAAGAAUUAAACGCAUUGAAACCAUCAACACAAUACUUAGGAUCCAGUAAAGAAGUUUAUCUGGUUUUCGAAACUCCUGAAGAUUCAAAUAUACUCAAAGAAAAUGUGAAAUUAAGUGAUUCUUCGAAAGAAUUCCGAAGCACAUUACAAAAUGGUUCAUCAAAUGUACGUCAAACAAUGAACGAGCUAGUCCAUCUUACAGUCUAUCUGGCUUUGAUAAGAGUUGUAUUAAAUUACCGAAUUUUAAAUUUAUGAUCAGUUAUUUAACAAUAAUUUAGAGAUACUACUGUAUAAAUUGCAAACUAUAUCUCCUUUAUUUUCUAUAUAUGUUCUUUGGGGCUUCUUUUGCACUUAUCUAACAGCAUUUCUUUAUAUCACUCACCUAAGUUCGAUGGUUUAUGACUUUUUAUUUGUCAUUUACGUUUGAUAUCAAAAUUGCCGAGUCCUAUAUAUGUUAAAAGAUGAAAAACUAAGGAGAAUACAAGAAAUGUGACAAAAGUUGAUAGAUCGUCCUUAUUAACAAUCUUACAUUUUAAAAUAAGUCAAAUAAUGUGGAUUGUAUUCACUUCCUAGUUGUAUUGUCAUCUAUUGAAUAUGUAUGAUAUUAAUUUGUUGAAGUUUAACCAUGAAUAUAAACUGUACUAAGUCCUCUAUGUGAUAAUUCUUAUCCUUUUAUCCUUUUCUUUUCUAAUGGGAUGUAAAUUAUUCAAUUCAUACAAUGAAGCAAUAAAACUAUUCACUCUUAGCUGUAUAUAUAAAUCUUAAUUCAUUGGUCCACUUUCAAUUUUUUUUCCUACUUUAUCUUACAAAUACAUCUGUGAUAUUGCAUUUAUUCUGUAUAGUUGACUGUGUAUCGGGAUAUUACUAUUAUUAUUAAUAAUAAUGUUAUUAUCCAGUUUGAUAUGACUCCCAAUUCUUUUUGGUCGGUUCUUUCUGGGUAUUUUUUUUGAACAUUUAACAUCCAUUAGAUGUUAAGUUAUGCUUUUCUUAUAUCAAACUCUUUGUACAAAAGUCUUUAGUAAAAUUCAGUUUGAGGUCUAUGCUGAAAAGCAUAAAAAGGCAAUAAUAAAUAUUAAUUACAUCA